UUAGAAGGUGCGAAAUGAACAGAUCUAGCUGAAAACCAAUGCAAGUGAUUCACUGUCGACUAUGAAAUUUUGUUAAAAAUGGUUAUAAAAUGUGUUUGCCUAGAGUCAGAUGCGUACAUGGUUUGUUUGACACAUGCUUUGUCAACAGAAAGAGAGGAAGUAAUGGGGUUAUUGAUAGGCGAGAUUGACGAGAAUCGUAUAUCUCACAUCUCAGCUGUUAUCAUGCUACAGAGAUCAGAUAAACAGGCUGACAGAGUAGAAAUAUCACCAGAACAGUUGUCAGAUGCUUCCACUAAGGCAGAGAGAAUGGCAAAAGAAUUGUGUAGACCAAUGAGAGUACUAGGCUGGUAUCAUUCACAUCCACAUAUAACUGUGUGGCCGUCACAUGUUGAUGUACAAACUCAAGCUAUGUAUCAAAUGAUGGACGAAGGUUUUGUUGGACUAAUAUUUUCAGUAUUCAAUGAAGAUAAAUCUACAAAAUUAAACAGAAUAGAAGUGACCUGCUUUCAGUCUAUCAAUCAAGCUAUGGAAGACUAUCCUCCUCAGUAUGCAAGAAAAGAAGUACCAUUUUAUAUUGAACCCAGUAAAGGAAUAGGUAAAGCUUGUAUGGAUUCCUUAGUACAGUUACCAAGAAUACUCUGUCAAGAGGAAAAGGAGGCUUUCAGUAAAACAACAGACGGAACAGACUUGGAUCUCAUUACCAAACUUCAUAAUGUAUCAGUUUAUACCAAAUCUCUGUGCCAUAUAACUGAAGUAAUGAGUGGACCUUUGAUACAAGCAUUAGAAAACAGAUUAGAAACAAACAGAUCUAGAAUACAGACAUUACAGGCUAGAAAACUAGACAUUGAAAAACAAUUAAAGGAAAUAGAUAACAGCUGAGAUCAACAGUACAAAAAUUGUGUUUUUCAAAAUGAUUACAGAUGAAUCCAGCAUAGCAUGAUGUCAAUUACAUACUUGAUGGAGAUUCCAAGCAGAGGUCUAAUUGUAUUGUGUACUUCUACAUAUUUGUGGAAUUUAAGUUACUACCUGAGGAUAUAAAUGUAUUUCUUUUACCACAUUAUUGUUGAGUUAUUGAAGAUGUAUUGAAUAUAAAAUGUAUUAAAAUGAAAACUUGAAAUAGUGAG